GGCACCCCCGGCCCCUUCGCCGACUCUGCGCCUCUCAUGGCCCCCAGACCUCUCCGGACCGCGUUUCCCGCUCCCGCUCUCAUGGCGGACAAGAAGCUGGUGGUCGUGUUUGGAGCUACAGGUGCCCAGGGGGGCUCAGUGGCCCAGACACUGCUGGAAGAUGGGACAUUCAGGGUCCGAGUGGUGACCCGGGACCCUGGGCAGAGGGCAGCAAAGGAGCUGAGGCUGCAAGGUGCAGAAGUAGUGCAGGGAGACCAGGAUGACGAGGCCAGCAUGGAGCUGGCCCUGACUGGGGCUCAUGCCACCUUCAUCGUGACCAACUACUGGGAGAACUGCAGCCAGGAGCAGGAGGUCAAGCAGGGAAAGCUGCUAGCCGAUCUGGCCAAACGCCUGGGCCUGCGCUACGUGGUCUACAGUGGCCUAGAGAACAUCAAGAAGCUGACAGCUGGGAGACUGGCAGCAGGACACUUUGACGGCAAAGGGAAAGUGGAGGAAUAUUUCCGGGACAUCAGCGUCCCCAUGACCAGUGUGCGGCUGCCCUGCUAUUUCGAGAACCUCCUUUCCUACUUCCUGCCCCAAAAAGCCCCAGAUGGAAAGAGCUACUUGCUGAGCUUGCCUAUGGGUGAUGUGCCCAUGGACGGCAUGUCCGUGACUGACCUGGGCCCCGUGGUGCUCAGCCUGCUGAAAAUGCCGGAAGAAUACAUCGGCCGGAACAUCGGGCUCAGCACCUGCAGGCACACAGCGGAGGAGUACGCCUCCCUGCUCUCCAAGCACACCGGGAAGGCUGUGCGCGAUGCCAAGACAAGCCCCGAGGACUAUGAGAAGCUUGACUUUCCCGGUGCCCAGGACCUGGCCAACAUGUUCCGUUUCUAUGCCCUGAAACCCGACCGUGACAUUGAACUGACCCUGAGGCUCAACCCCAAGGCCAGGACACUGGACCAGUGGCUGGAGCAGCACAAAGGAGACUUUGCAGGGCUGUGACCCUGCCCACCUCUCAGCCCCUUCUGGGGGGACAGAAGGCCCCCAGGUGCAGCGGCCUUUAGAUGUGGGUGAUCUCAAAACAGGCUGGAAAGAAACCCCCGAAGCAACACUGCAGAUCUGUGGACCCCAGGUCAUAAGAUUUGGACACUGCUGAGGAAAGGUGACACUGCCCGCAACAAAGGCUGGGAAGGGAAACCAGGGAAGGAACCACCCAGCCUGCUUGGCGGGUAGACUCCCAGGCAUUUGGAGGGCUUCCCUCUCCCACUCGCUUUGGAGAAGAUGAAGUCUCAGAGGACACAGCCAGUGGGCUGACUGGUGUCUGCAUGGGCUUGAGAAACCUCCGCCUUGUGUCUCUACCACCCUGCCUCGGGAUCUGCUGAGGGCACUGAAAGGGUGGCAGGGCUGCCACAUUCAUUCAGUCCUGUUCAUUAACUGAUUCACUGAAAAUGUACUUCUCUGAUAACUUACCAGUGCACUGGGCCCUAAAUAACAAUA